UCAAAACAAAACCUGUCAGGUUAGUAAAGAAAAAUAUACUUUUUUACUAGGAAUUGUUUUUGUUUAAAACUAUUUGAAAACUAUUCACAAAUCUAAUGGUGUCAAUAGAGUUACGUUAGUGCCGACCUUCAAAAACUUUAAAAUGAAUAAAUAAGAACGUGCAGUGAUCGAUUGGUAAAUAGGAAUUAUAUUGGUGGUGUUAUGACUCAACAAACCUCUUAAUCUACCUUUGCCUAAAUAAUAUGUAGGGUCUUAAUGUGGGACGGGGGGCUUAUUAUCAUGCCUUUUUUCUAAUAUGUGGGAAGAACAAUCUAUGGGUUCCCAAACCUUAGAAAUUAUACGCCAGGGUGUCUGGGCUUCCAUAACAGGAGGCUGGUUUUAUGACCCUAGCCAAAACCUUUUUUGUAAUACUUUUCAUCUAUAUACUUGGCUUUUUUUACUAUGUGUGCCCUUUACUCUUUAUGUAUAUUUUCCCCCAACAAAAAUUGUCUGGUACAUAUACUGUAUCCUAGUAACUCUAGCCUUAAGUGGAAUCAAGUUUGGAAACUACUUUUUGCACCAUAUUUAUGAUACUACUGAAUGUGUCACUGAGACCAUUGAGGAAGAUCCUGAUCUCAGAAGAGAGGAUGAAGGCAUAGAACUUCAAGACUUAUCAAAUAAAGGUGCAAAAAUUAUUCGCUUUGGCCAUGUUUCAAUGGUUACUAGAACCGACGAGGCGAUCGAAUUACAAGAAAUCUCCACAAAAUCCAACAAUGAACAAAUUGAACAAUCAACAGGACUUGCCACUCUAGUAACUUUAUCCGAAAAUAGAGUUCAACCCAGCACUGAUAGCUUAGAGUCAUCAGAUCUCCAACAAUUUGAAGCUUCUGGUGCAACAAAUAUUGUUAGCACAAUAGAUCUCAAGGCAGAUGUUCAUAGAAAAAAUUCUACUGCCAGCAGCGAGUCUAGCGAACACAAACGGUCUGAGGAUGUUCUUUCUGGUGUAGAACAAAAAGUGCAAUUGUCUAAUCAUGUUGAAGUAUUGCCGGAGGCUACCACGUCGAUUUCGGUUGUUAACGAAAAAGAUGCGGCUAGUCUUAAAAGACUGGAUACACAAGGCAGUAUAGAGUCCCAAGACAAAACCAGCAAUUUUAACUUAGAACAACGACCCUCUUUACACAGCGUCGAUUCUGAACAUAAUCCAUCAACAAAUGUAGAAAAUUCUGGUCGACGACACUCGAACAUUACCAAUUGUAGCCUUAACUUUUUACCGAUAGCAGUCCACUCGGAAAUUAAACCGACUGGUAGUUUGGAAUUAGGCUAUAUCGAUAAAAAUCCAAAUCAAGCGUUAAAUUUUGAAGGAUUUUACUUCAAGCCAACAAAUAGAGAUGUGAGGAGAUUUAGGUCGGCCGCCUUAGAAACUUGUUGUCCCCCACCGACUAUUUCGGCGAAUACCAAUAGUUUGGAGGUGAUCGGUUGUAAACAGAGCAAUAAAAAUCCUUUGCCUCCACCUAGCACCAGUUUAACAAGAAAUCAACACUUAAAUUUGUGUCAAUAUUAUGGUUCAGAAAUAGUGUAUCCGAUAGCAGAACAAUCGGACGAACACCAAACCUCACACGGCCCGGAUACUGAUAUCGAAUCGUUAGCACAAGGUUCAGAUUCUGAUUUUGAAGAUACCAAUCAGGGAAGUCACUCUCCACUUUUAUACAUAAAAUUCGACAAAAUCAAAAAGUCAAAACCGAGAAAACAACGCGGUGUUGCGCCCAUAGAGGGCGACAAUUGCGCCUUUGGCGUUACUCAAACGGCACAAGAAUCACACGAGGACUCGCAGUUAGAUUAUGCAACGGACAACGAUGUUAGUGAGAAAAAAUCGAGCGAAUACUCGAAUUUUUCAAAUUUUUCUAACUUGUCGUGCUCGAGUGACGAUUUUCAAGAGAGCAUGAAGCUGAAAAUGGCCGAUUUGGAUGUUGCGGAGUUCGGGGAGGACGAAAGAGUUGGAGAAGCAACUGGAAUUACUACUGGAAGUUUGAGUACUUUAAAGAAUUCAUCUGGUAAAGGUGAUACUACAGACUGUCCUCACAAAAGCACGCCGGUAAUAACAAGAAAAAAGAACGUAAAAAAAUACAGACGGAGAAAAAGUGAUACGGUCGGUGGUGGAGCGGCGACUUCCUCAUCCAUGACCCAAUUCGAUUUGGGUUGGCUUUUUGAGGGGGGCGAAAGCACUACCGGCGCCAACAAAUUGAUUAAUCGCAAAGGUUUACAUGUUUGUUUAGAACCUCUGAAAAAGGACAACGAAUGGUCGAGUACUACCACAGUAUCGUUGGAACAAGAUGUGAGUAAGGUGCUGCAGGAAACGGUACCGGCGGUACGCAGCUUAGGAGCGAUCCCGAAGAAAUUGUCCCAGAAGGACGUGGAAAGGAAAACGCCCAAGAGCGAGUCUGAAAAAUGUAAAGCGUGUAGCAGGUGUAAAUCCGACCCAGAAAAAUCGAAAUCCUUAAAAGAAAACAAAGUCACCCAAACCACUCGCCUUAAGGGAAUUAGUCCGAGCACCAGCUACGAAGAUCUUGAAGACGACCCGGGCAAGAAAGAGCGAAGAGAAAAAGCUGAUCUGCCGCGAAAAGAUCCUUUAAAGCAUCAGCAAGAGCAUAUGAAAAGUGAAGAGGCCUCCUCCAGCGGUUCAAACAACGAACUUAGUACGCUUUUACCACCCGCGCCCCCGUUACUGUCGGCGUUUUUGAAUCCCAGGAGGGACCUACUCACCGCUUCUUGGGUUUCGGAAAAUUCGCCGAGAUCGAGCCAAAGAACCCGAUUAAAAAGAGCACGAGCUAACAUAAAAGGAAACAGAGAACGCACCGCCAAAAAAGAAAACGCUAUUGCCAUGUCCUUGUCUAGCGGCCAGGGCACUCAUACGGCCAAAAACUUUAAUGACACCAGCGAUGGCGCGGUUCACUGCUUUAUGGAUGAACAUGGAAAUUGGGUUACAUAUACUUUUGAUGAAAAAGGAGGCGCGCAAGCAACAACUAACAUAGACCCAUUAGGAAUUCAUAAUUUUCAAGAGCGUAGACCGAAAAAACAACGUCCUGAGGGUGAAAAUCAGGCUAGUAAAGCUCAAAACGAUAACAGUGAAAUAUGGGACAGUAAUGAUAGUAUUGAAGCGAGUUCGGUUUCGACUGUUAUGGGUUCGAGGAAUAACAGUAGGCCUAGUAUAGGCCAGGAGAGUGUGCAACUCAGGGAUCCAACGAGACACGAGUUUCGCGAGGCUCUAGCCCGUAACUUCUUUAGACAUGCGCAAAAUUGGGAGGCAAUGCCCCGCAGACGUAGACAUACCACCGCUCAAGAAGAUGUUACGUUGUCCGCCCUAAGGGACAUAGCGACCGCGGCCAAUCCCGAAAAUCCGGAAAUUAUUAUGCUCGGAAGUCGGGAGGGCGGCAAUGGGACUCCAACGAGAACCCAAUUGAGAUUUAUUAAAGUGAGCAACCAAGGUAACAAAGUACGGACUAAAAGCUACUACAAAAUCAAACUAUUACCGUGGAAAUUAACGUUGGACCGUCUCGGCCUCUUGGCUAUGUUAGACCGCAAUCUAACCGUAGCCGAAACCGUUUUAACUGUGAUCUUAGGUGUAUUAGUGUCCGUAUUAGGUGCGGCGUUGUUAUAUUUAAAUUUUUACCAGGACAUGUUAGCUUUUCUUUUCUGUUUUAUAAUGGCGAGCGCGCAGUAUUCCCUAUUGAAAAGCGUGCAACCGGACGCCGCUUCUCCAACUCACGGAUUUAACCGGAUGAUCGCUUACUCCAGACCAAUUUACUUCUGCCUGUUUUCAUCGAUAAUUCUUAUAAUGCACUUUAAUAUAACCGGGGAUAGUCCGCAAUUAAUACUUGCUAGAGAUUUUUUGAUUAUGUUCAUUUUGUUUUUUCCGCUGCUGUUUUCUUUAGGCCUAUUCCCGCAAAUUAACACGUUUAUUUUGUAUCUUCUGGAACAGGCUGAUAUUCAUUUAUUCGGCGGUAAAGCGAUGUGUAACUUAAUCGGGGCGUUUUACUGUGUUUUCCGCUCGGUGUGUUCCGCUUUGAUUUUGAGCGGACUGGCCUACGCGGGCCUAAGCGAGAAAAAAAAGUCGCAGGAUAUUUUUUUUUCGGUUUUUGUCGCUUGUUUAGUUGCGCUUAGUUAUCAUUUGAGUAGGAGCGCCUCCGAUCCGGUCCACACAUUUAAUUUAAUUAAGAAGCAUAUGUGGUCCCCUGAUUUAUAUAUGGAGAGAGAGCUAAAGCGACAUGAAGAUGAUGGAGAGAAAAACGUGGAAAAUGGAUCUGAAAAUGUUACAAUCAAUGACGAUAAAGAGCAGCCUAGUCAAAAAGACCACGUGGACCCUUUACCAAAGAAACUUCAAGAUACCGUCAACAAUCGUCUAAAAAACGACCUAAUUCUGUGCACCGUCAUUGCCAUUUUAGUGUUUUCUUUGCACGCGAGCACCAUAUUUACGGUACUACAGCCAGAGUUAUGCCCAGUUCUAUGGUCUAUAGCGGCAGGUACCGGUUUAAUUUUACAUUACGCUAUUCCAGAGUUGCGGAAACAGUUGCCGUGGCUGUGCAUUUCCAGGCCGUUGCUGCGUAGUCACGAGUAUUUUCAAUAUCAGAUCCGUGGACCAGCAAAGAUUAUGUGGUUCGAAGUGCUGUACGUGUAUCUUUGUUUUUUUGAGAGAAAUAUAUUAUACCCGCUACUUACCCUUGCUGUGCUUACCGAAGACUCGUUAAAAAAUGCUGAUAGAUAUGGCACUUUAGCAGCCGCCUUUAUCGCUUCAAUAUGCGGAAUGAAACUACUACGAAACAAUUAUUCCGACCAGAACUGCCAGUACUUAAUAGUCGUAUUCACCGCUCUCGUUUCCAAAUUCGACUUUAGACAUUUGGAGGAGACAUUUUUAGUCACUUACUUUUUCGUCAGCAUAGCUUACUACAAGGUUUUCGAAUUCCUUUUAAAAAUCGAAUUUGUGAUAACUUACAUCGCCCCAUGGCAGAUUACUUGGGGCUCCGCCUUCCAUGCGUUCGCUCAACCGUUUUCAGUACCGCAUUCCGUUAUGCUGUUUUCUCAAGCGGCCAUUUCCUCUUUAUUUUCCACGCCACUUAAUCCGUUUUUAGGGAGCGCCAUCUUUUUUACGUCUUACGUGCGUCCGGUGAAGUUUUGGGAGAGGGAUUAUAACACUCGCAGGGUCGAUCAUAGUAAUACCGCACUUUCAUCACACCUGGACAGAAACUUAGGAGCGGACGAUAACAACCUUAACUCUAUUUUCUACGAGCAUCUCACCCGGUCUUUACAACACUCUUUAUAUGGAGAUCUUGCUAUGGGAAGAUGGGGAAAAGUGAACCAAGGCGACGUUUUUGUCAUGGCAUCCGAUUAUUUAAACUGUUUAGUUCAUAUAAUCGAAAUGGGAAAUGGACUGGUAACUUUUCAAGUGAGAGGUUUGGAGUUUCGUGGUACUUAUUGUCAGCAAAGAGAAGUUGAGGCUAUUACAGAAGGAGUCGAAGAAAAUGAGGGAUUUUUAUGCUUUGACGCGGGACACAUCCCAAAUAUGCUUAGCGUAAAUGCCGCUUUUAGUCAGAGGUGGCUUGCAUGGGAAGUGACCGCCGCAAAAUACAUACUGGAAGGCUACAGUAUAUCCGAUAACAGCGUCGUGUCUAUGUUGCAAUUUUUCGAAUUUCGGAAAGUUUUGGUGUCUUAUUAUGUAAAAAGUAUAAUUUUCUACACUAUUCGCUCUCCAAAGCUUGAAGAAUGGCUUAAUUCAGACGUAAUCAAUAAAACCUUGCGAACCAUAUGGAAACCGAAUUUCGUAGAUCUGGACCCGGUUUUCAGUAUUAACAUCGACGAGGAUUAUGACAAUCAGCAUAAUGGGAUGACCAAAUCGAUGUUCUUACAUGUUUACGGUGAAUGGAUCCACUAUUGUUUGGAAAAACGCGGCAGCGUAACGAAGAAACAAAGAGUUAUUUUGUUAUGUUUCGCUUUGAGUUUACUGGGACGUCGUACCUUGGGAGCAGUCUCUCAAAAUAUGGUCUCUAGCGUGGAAUUUUUCUUAUACGGUUUACAUGCCCUAUUUAAAGGUGAUUUCCGCAUAACGUGUUCGAGGGACGAGUGGGUUUUCACCGAUAUGGACCUGCUAAAGACGGUAGUGGCGCCUGCUGUCCGGAUGUCCCUUAAACUACAUCAGGACCAUUUUAUGACCCCGGACGAGUACGAAAUCGUGCCCUCGUUAUACGACGCCAUUUGUAAACACGAACAGGAACUGGUGAUAAGUCACGAGGGUGAUCCCGCAUGGAGAAACGCUGUAUUAAGCGGUACACCCAGUUUACUAGCUUUGAGGCACGUAUUCGAUGAAGGCAAUGACGAAUAUAAAAUAAUCAUGCUAAACAAGAGGUACCUGAGUUUUAGAAUUAUAAAAAUUAAUAGGGAAUGCGUUCGCGGUUUGUGGGCAGGGCAGCAGCAAGAGUUGGUUUACUUAAGAAACAGAAAUCCUGAAAGAGGGAGUAUACAAAACGCCAAACAAGCCCUAAGGAAUAUUAUUAACUCCUCCUGUGAUCAGCCAAUAGGUUAUCCCAUAUAUGUCUCGCCAUUAACCACUAGUUACGGCGACACCAACGAGCAGUUUUGUUCUUUAAUAGGGGGGGCAGUAACUUUAAAGAAAAUUAGGAAUUAUGUUUUUAAUUUAUUCAGAAGGAUACGGAAGAGAUGUGGCGAAGGUUGUUCUAGCGGAGCAUCAAAUCGGGAAGAAAUCAGUAUGGGUCAUGAAGGUGUUUACGCUAUGACCCCCAUAACGUUUCCCUCUGCCCCUAGACGAUCCACGGAUAGUUUUAGAUCAGCUGGCAGUAUCGGCAGGGGAUCUAGUCUUAGCAGAACGUCUCUAGGUGGCAAUCGGGGCAGUUUAGCUUCAGUGGGUAAACCCACAAGCUCCACUCUAGUCAACAUCACCGGCCUCUUCAAAGAAAAAGAGGAACAACGACCUCUCGCGCCUGAUGCCCCCAGUCAAAACAAAAAUGUAGAAGAGAGGUUGGGAAGUGCCCGGGAAACGGUGGCGAACGGCGAUGAUAAUGAAUUUGCCGCACUGGAUCGUAGAGUUAAAAUAAUGGAUCCGAAUUUAGUUUACGACUGUAUUAAUUUAGGUAGGCGAAUCGACGUGUCUUGGCCUACGGAAUAUAUGAGAUGUAGGGGGGGCCGAUCGUAUUGGAAAGACUGGUUACCGGAGGCGGGUAUGGAAGGACCGGUUGUACAUAAAUGGAUUCCUUGCCAUAGAGAUACUAACAAAAGAUCUCACGUAGAUAGAACAAUUCUUCUAGUCCAAAUCGAUGAUAAAUUUGUUCCUAUAGCCGAGAGUGGUGUUCAAGAUUUAGGACCGGAAGUAUAGCACAAGGGGUCCUUAGGUGUUUUUUUAUUGGCUGCUUAUGACGAGACUGGAAGGAAGACGUGUCAGGUUAUCGAUAUCAUCGAACCAAGUCCAUUUUUAUCAGAUGAUAUGGUCUGAACCGAACUGAUGAUGCGAAUCAAAAUAUCCACAAUAAAUUAUAGAAAUAUUUUUUUUAUUAAAACACAUUCCCUUGUGAUUGUUUAAUGUAAAAUAAAAAUAAUUAUAUUGUA